UUUCCUCCUUUUGCCAGUUACCCACAUAACAAAGCUUAGAAUCUUAAAAAAUUCUUCAAAUCACCAUAGAAUUCUCUGAAAACCUCUCAAAAUUCAAGCCCUAGAAAUCUCUAGAAUUUUCUAGGGCUUAAUUCAUCAUGCCUCUGAUGUCAAAAUCAUCCAAAAUCCAAUUCAUCUUCUUGCUCCUCACCGUUCUUUUCAUCGCCGUCCGAUCGUCCCAGUUCAAUCCGCUCUUGUUACCCUCGGAUCUUGCCCAAAACAACAACAACAACAACAACGAUGGAUAUGAUGAUCAUCUUUGCCCUCGGGUCACGGAACCGGCACCGGAUUCUUGCCCCGUGAAGUGCUUCCGGACCGACCCGGUUUGCGGGGUUGACGGAGUAACCUACUGGUGCGGCUGCGCUGACGCACAUUGCGCCGGGACGCGUGUGGCUAAAUUAGGGUUUUGCGAGGUGGGAAAUGGGGGCUCCGGGUCUGUUUCUGGGCAAGCCCUCUUGUUGGUGCAUAUUGUUUGGCUCAUUCUGCUUGGAAUCUUUGUGUUGUUCGGACUUCUUUGAAUUGGAUGGUUGUUUUGUGGGGGUUCUUUUUUGGCUAUUUCGCGGCUGCUAUUGGUUUGAUUUCUGGUGGAGAGAGGUUAUAAAUUUCGUGAUUUUUUUAUGUUAUAUUGCUAAUGAAUUUACUGAUGUAUCGUUGUAUAUGUGUGUAAGUAGGGACGUCCAUUGAUUACAUGAAAUUAGUGUUCUAUUCUUUGGCUAUUUGGUAGAAAUGAUGAAAUUCAUUUGUAUUUCUCAAGCCUACUUUGGUUCGUCGAUAUCAGGAUUUGAUGUUUUUAAUUUGUCGAUUUACUAGCUGUUAUGAUUAUUAUGCACUUAA